AUGGGUGAUGUCAGAACAAGAUGGGCGGCGGCCGGGACUCGGCCUGUACGGAUUGCGAACUGCUCAGGGGCGAGAGGUGACCCAGGCUCCCAAAUGAGACGGCAAGCAAUAGAGGGUGAUGUCGACUUCAUCACGGGCGACUACCUCGCGGAGAUGAACCUGGCCGAAAAUGCCGAAAAGAUGGCCGCUGGAAAACACGAUGGCUGGGAGCCAACUGCUUGGGAUGGUCUUGAGCAGACUCUCGACGUUCUCGACGAGAAGAGGAUCAAAGUGGUCUUCAACGGCGGUGCGCUGAACCCAAGUGGUUUAGCGAAGAAAUGCCAGAAGCUGGUGACCGAGAGGGGCUACAAUCUCAAGGUGGCGUACGUGUACGGAGACGACUUGAUUGAUGAGGUCAAGGCCGAUCUCGAAAAGACUAGAACUCUACCGAAACAUCUCGACUCGGAAAACGACAAGGUCUCUUUGGCGCAGAAUGCCACAUCAUUGCUUGACACCAAGGGCAAACGCAUCGUGUCCGCGAAUGCAUACCUCGGUGCCCGAGCGAUUGUGAAAGGUCUUGAGCUUGGUGCAGAUAUCAUCGUCUGUGGACGUGUCGCGGAUGCUUCUCCAGUCAUUGGCGCUGCAUGGUACUGGCAUAAGUGGAACGAGUCUGACUACGACAACUUAGCAGGAGCACUGAUUGCAGGUCACCUUAUUGAAUGCUCUGCAUACGUGACUGGAAGCAACUUUGCGGGCUUCACCGAAUAUCCGCUGGAGACCUUCGUCGACUUGCCUUUUGGCAUCGCUGAGAUUGCCGCCGACGGCACAUCCGUUAUAACCAAGCACGAGAACACAAAAGGGUUGGUGAACGAGGACAACGUGAAGUGCCAGUUCUUGUAUGAACUGCAAGGCAGCAUAUAUCUGAACUCGGAUGUGACCGCGAACGCGAAAGACAUCGAGAUUCAGCAAGUUGGCAAAGAUAGAGUACGGUUGUCGAACAUCAAAGGGUUUCCUCCUCCACCUACCACAAAACUUGCCAUUUUCUACCACGGCGGCUAUGAGGCGCAGCUCUUGUUUAAUGCUACGGGAUAUGCAACCGCUCAGAAGUGGCACUUGAUGGAGACCCAAUUUCGCUUCGCUCUCAAACAGUCUGGACGGCUGGAAAAAUUUCAGCUGCUUGAUUUCCAAAUCAUUGGUACGCCGGAAUACAAUCCUCGUAGUCAGUUUGCCAGUACAACCUACUGCCGUGUUUUUGCCCAGGCCGAUACCGAGACCGUUCUCUAUGGCUUGUUGAAGACGUUCUCCGAAAUUGCAAUGCAACACUUCUCCGGGUUCCAUUUAUCACUAGAUACUCGAACGGCAUUGCCAAGGUCUUACUUGGCUUUUUACCCAGCAAUCUACCCGCAGAACUCUCUGGAUGAGGGUGUCGCAGUCUUGUCUGCGGACGGAAGUGUUGCAGAGAAGGCGUCAGCAGGCCACCCGUCCGAAUACAGGAAGCUCGACGCGCGGGAGAACUAUGAGACAGCCAGUCCGGUUGACCUUUCCAUGUUUGGACCCACUCGCAAAGCACGACUGGGUGAUGUCGUCCUCGCUCGAUCUGGUGACAAAGGGGCCAACAUCAACCUAGGCUUGUUCGUUCGUCGUUCCGAGCACUAUCCAUGGCUGCAAUCGUUCGCAACCAGGGCCAGAAUGACCGAGCUGAUGGGAGAUGACUGGCGGGAGGAUUUUUUCGUUGAGCGAAUGGAGUUCCAAAACAUCCUUGCGGUACAUUUUGUCAUAUAUGGACCCCUUGGACGAGGCGUGAGCAGCUGUCGUUUGCUGGAUUGCCUAGGGAAAGGGUUUGCCGACUACAUCCGCGAUAAGGUCAUUGAUGUGCCGGAAUCAAUCUUAGCUGAUAUGCCUGCGAUUAGGGAGGAGAGGAAAGCAAUGCUCUGA